AUGUUGAAUGCUGGAUCUUUUUAUCUUAAGUUGGUGAAGAAAUUUGUGGUUAAAUUUUUAAUUGGUUUCCUCUCUUUAAUUUACGGUGUAAAGAACGAUGGUAUUGCUUUUGCGUUGUUGAAUUUCAAUUGCAAAUUGUUUGCUGGGAAAAAUGAUCCUGACAUUAGUCUUCCCAAUGUUCCCGCUAUUGAUGAAUCUAAUUUAGUUGGUGAUGAAGAUAUGCUUAAUAUGGAACCUGUGUCUGGGCUUAUGAAAAGUCAUAUUCUCAAGACACUUAUCCAUAAAGCUAAGGUUCUACAAGAAAUCAUUGUCAUAUCCAUUAUCAGAAAAGUUUUUGAUGAAGAAAUGUUGUAUGGGCCUAUGAGAAGUCAUAUUCUCAAAGGCUUUGAUCCGCUAGAGGAAUAA